UCCUCCUCCUCCUCCUCCUUCAAAUAAAUGCUCUCCUUCUUCCUCAAAAUUCUCUCACUCAUUCUCGUUCACAAUGAAGCCAAGCAAUCUAAAACCAAGCAACCUCUCAAUCUCCAUCAUCAUCCUCUCAGUGCUCCUCUUUGCCAUCUACAUCUACAGCGAAGACCUCCGCUCUCUCACCUCCUUCUCCUUCUCCUUCUCCUUCUCCUCCUCCUCAAAAGUCCAGGAGCCCAUUCGACAAAGCCCACAAACAUAUGAGGAGGAGGUGGUGAGCAUACCGGAUGCUUGCGAUCUGUUCACCGGAGGGUGGGUAUUAGAUAAUCUCACCCACCCUUUGUAUAGAGAGGAAGAGUGUGAGUUCUUAACGCAGCAAGUAACGUGCAUGGCGAAUGGGAGGGAGGACGAUACGUAUCAGAAAUGGAGGUGGCAGCCUAGAGACUGCUCAUUGCCGAGGUUCGAUGCACGGAUGUUACUCGAGAGGCUAAGAGGGAAGAGGUUGAUGUUCGUUGGUGACUCACUCAACAGGAAUCAAUGGGAGUCAAUGGUGUGUUUGGUUCAAUCCUUGAUCCCACCUGGCAAAAAAUCUCGGGUUAAAAUCGGCUCCCUCAGUAUUUUUAAAGCUGAGGAGUACAACGCGACCGUAGAAUUCUACUGGGCUCCGUUUCUGGUUGAGUCAAACUGUGAUGACCCGUCGAUGCACAGCAUUCUUGAUCGAAUCAUAAUGGCUGAUUCGAUCGGAAAACAUGCACAACAUUGGAAGGGGGUGGACUACCUUGUGUUCAAUACCUACAUUUGGUGGAUGAACACGCGAAAUAUGAAAGUAUUACGAGGAUCAUUCGAUGAGGGAUCGACGGAGUACGAUGAGAUCCGGAGGUCGAUAGCAUAUGAGAGGGUUUUGAAGACGCUGACCAGAUGGGUGGAUGAGAAUGUGGAUGCACAGAAGACUUCAGUGUACUUCAAUAGCAUGUCUCCUAUCCAUCUCAGUAGCUCAGACUGGGGCAAUCCAGACGGAAUCAAGUGCGCCAAAGAGACUCAACCAAUCCCGAGCACGACUCAACCUCUCUCGGUCGGAACUGACCGAAAAAUGCACAAUGUUGCAAGCAACAUAACAAGAUCAACUUCUAAGGUUCCUAUAGAUUUCAUGGAUAUCACGAUGUUAUCGGAGUAUCGAAAAGAUGCGCAUACUUCUGUCCAUACAAUUCGACAAGGGAUACUGCUAACGCCAGAACAGAAAGCUGAUUCUAAGAUUUAUGCUGAUUGCAUUCAUUGGUGUUUGCCUGGAUUGCCCGAUACAUGGAACGAGCUUCUAUACGCUCGCAUCGUAUCGAAACCCUGGAGUUAGUAAAGUUAAUUAAUACCUUUUAACAUUUUUAACAAAUUUUAAUUCUUUAAUUUCUUGAUGAUAAUUACUUUUAAGUUUUAUUUUAUUUUAUUUUAUUUUUUUGUGAGAAGACGUGGAGGUUAGGUUUGAAGAGAGCUGGCAAAGGGUUUUACUUGUGAACGUUGAGGUUGUUUGUACCUACUACCAACAAGUUGUAACGUGUGAUCUGAAUUGUAUAUUUUCAAUUGUAAAAAGGAAUGAGAAAGGUAUGCAAAGAAUAAGAAAAAGAUGGUUAUUCUGCUUUA